ACACUUCUGGGACAGUAAAACACAGUCCACUGAGUGCAGCGAUGGCGCACACAAUAGUUAAGUUGACGGUUAAAGAUGUGAGAUUCCCCACAUCUUUGGAGCAGCACGGCUCGGAUGCCAUGCACACAGACCCGGAUUACUCUGUCGCUUAUGUUGUCCUCGACACGGACUGUGGACUCAGAGGCUUCGGCUUCACCUUUACUUUAGGAAAAGGCACCGAGAUUGUGGUGUGUGCUGUGGAAGCCCUGUCUGCGCUGGUGGUCGGCAAGUGUUUGCAGGAGAUCGUGAGUGACUUCCGUGCGUUUUACCGCCUCCUGACCAGCGAUGACCAGAUGAGAUGGUUAGGGCCAGAGAAAGGAGUGAUCCAGCUGGCCACAGCUGCAGUUCUGAAUGCCGUGUGGGACCUGUGGGCGAGGGCAGAGGGCAAGCCAUUAUGGAAAUUGCUCGUGGACAUGGAUCCUGAGCAGAUUGUGUCAUGCAUCGACUUCAGAUACAUCACUGAUGUGCUGACAGAGAAGGAGGCUCUAGAUAUACUUAUGAAGGCACAGGCGGGCAAACAGCAGAGAGAGGAUGAGAUGCUGAAAAAGGGUUAUCCUGCGUACACCACCUCCUGUGCUUGGCUUGGAUACACAGACCAGCAGCUCAAACAGCUCUGCACGGAUGCACUUAAAAGUGGCUGGACCAAAUUCAAGAUGAAAGUCGGCGCAGACCUAGAGGACGACAUUCGCAGGUGUCGACUCAUCAGGGAAAUGAUCGGACCUAAUAACACUUUAAUGAUCGACGCCAACCAGAGAUGGGACGUAGCCGAGGCCAUCAGCCGGGUGUCCAGGCUCGCCGAGUUCAAACCUCUGUGGAUCGAGGAGCCCACGUCUCCAGAUGACGUCCUGGGUCACGCUACAAUCUCAAAGGCUUUGGCUCCACUUGGAAUUGGAGUGGCAACUGGGGAGCAGUGUCAGAACAGAGUGAUGUUCAAGCAGCUGCUUCAGGCCUCGGCGCUGCAGUUUGUCCAGAUCGACAGUUGUCGACUGGGCAGCGUCAAUGAAAACCUGGCUGUGCUGCUGAUGGCCCACAAGUUCCAGGUGCCUGUGUGUCCUCACGCUGGAGGAGUCGGUCUGUGUGAGCUCGUCCAGCAUCUCAUCCUGUUCGACUACGUGUGCGUGUCUGCCAGUCUCGACAACAGGAUGUGCGAAUACGUGGACCACCUCCACGAACACUUCACCAGCCCCGUGGUGAUUCAAGACGCACACUACAUGCCCCCAAAGGAUCCCGGUUAUUCUUGCGAGAUGUUGGACUCAUCGGUGCAAAGACACGAGUACCCUGAAGGAGAAGAAUGGAAGCUGCUAAUGAAGUGAGGAGUUUCUCUUCAUCAUGUCACCUACAAAAAAAAGAUUGUAUAAUUAGACCAAUCUAAUUUAUAAUAAAAAACAAUCAGCUGUGAUUUCAAUUUUA